UUUACCAAUCACAGGGUUUAAAUAGGGUUCAAAUGUCACUUUAUCUUGUGAUAUUCACGUUAAGUGCAAACUGGGAAAACUUCUGACGAUUUUUUUCAGCAAGGUUGGAGAAAAUGGAUUGGAGUAAGUUGUAAGGGAGUGUGGACCUUGCACCAAGGGAAUUUCAUCUAUUACAACAAGAUUGUUUUGUAAGAAAUUGACAGAUUUUCGAAUGUCCUGUUCUUUUUCCUUCGACGAGCUAAGAUUCAUUGAGGCAUAAGGAUCGUAACCAUGGUUACGGUAUCCUAAUCAGACGGUCACAUUCGAUCGCUUCGCGAUACCCAAGGUCUGUUGUUGAUCGCUAUAAUUUGUUCCUAGCUUCAUACGCUUUAUUUUUGCCUAUUUUUUGCUGAGUUGAGCCAUUAAAACGAACUAUCGUUUUAAAUCAGUUUUGUGUUGAACUCUAAGCUUUUGAGUGGUCUAAUGGUGUUAGAAUUUAUUGUUUGGUCUCGGUUGGUCGAUAAUCCAAAGAUGUCUUAUUUUUCAAGUUAAUAAAAGCAAUUUAGAUUGUUGAGCUAGAAAAGGUUGGCGGUUAGUCAUUUCCGUAUUUAACCCUUCGUUCACUCGACCACCUCAGGUCUCCGCUGUUUUUAUUUAUCGAUCCAUAAUCCAUGUCUUUUGGCAGCUUUCUUAUUUGUGUAGUUAAAUUUCGUGCUAAUAUGGCGGUAUCUAACUAAUUAAAAUUUUGGUACAAUUUAAAAUUCACAAAUAUUUCCUAAUUUGCGGGAUCUUACAGUAUUCACUGCUACUACCGUUAAAAAAGACUAUAUUCAUUCGGUGACUGGUACCCUCACCAUUUAUGGGAUUGUUUGACAGUUGCUGUUCAAGUCACUGGGCCGUUAUUUUUCCAUGAUGUAAUACAGAGUCUUGAUCACGUAUAAACAUGCUCGUUUUUUUCCCGAACGGGCUGGAAAUAACUUACGUUCAUUCCCAUACCGCGCUCGAACGGUGUCUCCGAAAUACCGUAUGACAUGAUUGGAUGGAGCGUGUAAGCUGUGCUUUUAAUACUCGACGUUUACUUGGGUGGUGGUUUUGUAAGAGACCAUCGUGGGACCUGUCGAUCUCUUGAUUAUAACGUUGAGGAGAGGCCGUCGUUUGGGAUAUGCCUUAUGGAAGAGCAGUUUGGGUUUGUUUCAUGAUCGUUGGUUACUUGAAAUGCAUCGGGAGUACACCUGUCGAAAAAGAGACGCAGGGUGGUAGCAAAUCGGAACAAGAGGACAAACCUGGUCCUGAUUUACGAAGUUUGCAUUUUCCCGCGGAGUAUCAUGCAACGGGUGUCUUGUCGCUUCCCACAAGCAACAUUAACGAGCCUUUUGAGGUUUGGCACAGCCAGGCUUACGACAAGAGCCGAAUAGAUUACUAUCAUGGUGAAGUGAAAACGUUUCAAAGAGGAGAUUUAGGAAGACAUGGAAUGUUCUUUAAAAUCGUCCCAAAGUACUCUUACAAGCGUCAUAAGAAUGAUCGCCAUUUUCUGGGAUGUUGGAAGAGGUAUGGGUCCAAGUCUCGCAAGGCUAAGGCCCAGUCUGUUCUGCCGUGUAACACGGCUUGGCCGUUCAAGUCUCGUCUGGAAGACUUCAAGUAUGAGGGUGAUGCUGUUAUCAAUGGAAAAGAAUGCACCAAGUGGAGUUACAACGUGACCGUAUUUGAACGCAACAACUCGUACUUGUUUUACGCAACGAAGACCAACCCACCCAAACCUGUGUACUUUGAAAUGAACGGCUACGAUACUCUGUUGGUGUCGUACUACGACAAGUAUACGAUUCAUUAUCACAGUUUUGAGAAGUGGGAUUAUGAUCCGGAUGAUGAUCCGGAUGUCUUAGAGAUUCCACAUUUGCACCAUGACAAAUGGUGCUGGAACAUUGACAAAAGGUCACGUGACAGUGACGGUGCCUCUAUGUCCCUGAACCCUAUGGGAGAGUUCGCCAUGCUCCACCAUAAGGAGGACCCCGUGGAUAGAGACUUUCACGAUUUUCGUAAGAAACACAAGAGAGAUUACAAAGACAAAAUUGAGCAUCAACAAAGGAAACACAUAUUUAGACACAAUUUAAGAUACAUUCGUUCGAUGAACAUGAAAGGCAACUCGUAUCAUUUAACUGUGAAUCACUUUGCUGACCUGACGAAUGAAGAAUUUGAUAAUCACAAAGGACUCAUGCCGGGAGAUGGAGGUUAUGGAUCACAUGACCUCGAUGACGCCUAUGACGAUCAAGAGUACGAUGACGAUACCGUUGAACGGCGGGAAAAAAUCAAGAAGAAGAAAAGUAGAUAUGGUCAUGUUCCUGUUGAACUGGACUGGAGGAAAUAUGGUGCUGUUCUUCCUCCAAAAGGCCAAGGAACAUGUGGCUCCUGUUGGGCUUUUGCUGCAGCUGGUGCAGUGGAAGGUGCCAAUUUCAUUCAGACUGGUAAAUUGGUUGAUUUGUCAGAGCAGCAACUCCUGGACUGCACAUGGGCCACACCUGGUGCCACGCAUGGCAACAACGGUUGUCUUGGAGGCUGGACUUGGAAGGCGUUUUCUUGGAUCAAGAAGUUUGGUAUUGCUACAGCUAAAAGUUACGGACAUUACCGGGGACAGGAAGGGUAUUGUAAAACCAAGGGACUGAAAAUUGGAGCUAGAAUUCACAGUUACAGAAGAGUCAAACGCUACAACGAGGAAGCGCUUAAGAAAGCAUUGGCUUACCAUGGCCCUGCCACUAUUUCUAUUAAUGCAAAUCCUAAAGCUUUAAAAUUCUACAGUCAUGGCGUCUUAGACGAUAUCACAUGUAAUAAUAAAACCGAUCAUGCCGUGUUAUUGGUCGGGUAUGGCACCGAAAACGGGGUUCCUUAUUGGCUCAUUAAAAACUCUUGGUCCCAUAACUGGGGAGAUAGUGGAUUUAUCAAAAUCAGACAUGGACUUUGUGGAGUAGAAAAGAGACCUUUUGUUGUGCUGAACAAGGGACGUAGGCCUUUACCAUGGAAACUUGAAGAAAAGGCAAACAAAGAGAAGGAAACUUUAUUGAAGAAAAAGUUACGAGAGGAAAUGGAGGCUAAAGCAGCGAGACACAACACAAAAGAUGAUUAUAAAAUUGUUCGAAAAGACGCAAUAGAAGAUCCUGAUUUCAGGGAUAUAGAAGAUGACGAAUAUGUGGACGAUGUAGACCUUUGGUGACCUUUACAUAGAGAACAAGGAAGGUUCUUGCCUUAGAAAUGUUCAACUCCAGCUCCGCUCCUGCAAAAAGAGAACUUCUUUUUUUAGAUUCUACUCCCUGUACAUACAAUGCCAUUUGAUCUCGCUGGCUUCGGCACAUGCUUUAUCUCUAUAAAUACCUGUACAUUGCUUCAGACGUUCUUUCUCGUAGGUGUGCAGUGUAAAUCACUUCUGAUGCACUAUUCUUUAAGCGGCUAUAUCUCAAUAAAUUGUCUCGUGAAACUUACAAUUUGAAGCGGAAGCGAAGGGCUUGGGUCAAAGUGGCCCGCAACACCAUGCGAGUCAUACUUUACAUGAACAGAGAUCGAGACAAGGAAAUAUUCUUACCCUCAGAACCAACUAGUCGCUAGAUAUUACUUGAUUUGAGAAAAAAUGUCAAAGAAUCUGCAAAAUAAGCAGUGAAUUCAUGGUCUGUAAGAUUUUAAGUCAAUUAAUCUGACUAAAGGUUACUUUUGAUACAGACACUCGUCAGAAAAACCUUAAUUCUACCGCUUCGAAAUACGAAACUUUCACCGUACAAAUAUGCUGUGGAAAUUGUACCACAUACAGUCUAAGUUCAAAUUACUUCAUACAAAUCAAAUGUUGUUAAUAUCACAAUGGUAUUCUUAAGACUGCCGCUGAACUGUCAGGUAUUGAACUGUGUACAUAUUUAUUUUUAUAGCUAUGCCAAAUAUAGUUACAGUUUAGUAUAAUGUAUAGAAUAUUUUAUACUGCCAAAUAGACUCUUGAAAGAAA